AUGGUGCAAACACUGGUGCACACCAACCAAGGAUCCAGUGAAGAAAAUGUAGGAAGAAACAACAAUCUGUUUGGACAUGAACAAGAAAUACCACGAGAAGAAAACUUUCCACCAUACCGUACUGUAAGGGGAAGACAAGAAAUAGGUGAUAGCGAUUCAAGUGGCCAAGGACCUAGACCAGGGAGGCGGAACAACCCGAUUAAACCAGAGGUUCAUGAUCAACCACAACAAGGAGUAGGAAUGGAGCACACUCUGAUGAUGCUUCAUGAUGUGAUAGUGAGGUCACUGCAACAACCUCAGGUGCAACCUCAGCCACUUAUGCCAUCACAACCUACAGUGGCUACACCGAUGUUACCGUUGAUAACUGCCAUGAAGAAUAUGAAGACACCACAUUUUGAAGGCGGGACAGAUCCAUUUCAAGCCGACCAGUGGCUUCGAACUAUGGAGAAAAACUUUGAGACCCUGACGAGUUCUGAAGAGUCUAAGAAAAAAAUGGCAGUAUAUUACUUAGACAAAGACGCAGCAGAAUGGUGGGAGAGUAGGGAUCGCCAAGUGGGACAUCUGGUCACCACUUGGGUGGCAUUCAAACAAGAAUUUGAACGCAAGUACUUCACUCCUGAAUCCAAGCGAAGGCUUCAACGCCAGUUUGCAAACUUGGUACAAGGAGAUAAGACGGUUAGAGAAUAUGAAUCUGAAUUUAUGCGACUGCGACGACACGUGCUACGAGGACAAGAUGAUGAGGAGACCAUGAUAUCCAACUUUCUGUUUGGUCUAAAACCAGAGUUGGAAAAUAGACUGGCAGUCGGGAACUACGAGAGUCUCACCGAGCUAGUGGAAAAGGUUGUGAAUGUGGAGAUCGGAUUGGAAGCUGAGAAGGCGGCAAGUAAGAAAUUCAAGCAGCAUCAAGAAGGUAAGUAUGGUGGAAACCAAAGAUCUUUUAAUGGUAAAGAUAAAGAAAAGGAAUCGGGAGGGCCAACUCGACGAUCUCUGUUCACAGGAAAAUGCUUUAACUGUGGCAAGACAGGCCAUAAGUCAAGUGAAUGCUUCGGGACGAAACCUGGAUCCUUUCAGUCAAACUCCUACAAUCCUACAUGUUUCACGUGGGGAAAGAAAGGUCACGUCUCUACCCAGUGCAGCGUCAACCGUCCUAUCCCAGCUACGCCAAUCACUGUCCAUCCUCCUCCAGCUCCACAUGCAAUCGCACCAACGCCAAAAAGGCAAGCUAUAGGAGGUAGAGUUUACGCUUUAGAACUAGAUGAUCCUAAACCUCCAGGCCCAUCUACGGGUCCCAUCACAGGAACUUUACAUGUUGCGGGGAGUCCCACACAUGUAUUGUUCGACUCCGGGGCAACACAUAGUUUUGCGACCCCUGAAGUAGCUGUCAAGUUUGUGGGUUCAUUUGUGAUUGACAGGAUGGAUGUGGCUGUUAUUCUGGGCAUGGAUUGGUUAUCAGGGUAUCGGGCUCAAUUAGAUUGGGAAAAAAGUCGUAUUUUGUUCAAGGAGAACGGGCAAUGGCAAAUAGUGUUCUAUGGGAUCAGUCCAAGCAAGUAUGUGUCUUUAGUAGCUGCCUUGAGAGUGGAAGAUUUGCUCAAGGAUGGAGAAGCGUAUCUGAGUUACCUCCACCGCAUGACACCAGCAGAGUUAGCAGAGUUGAAGAAACAACUUGAAAAUUUAAUGGAGAAAGAUUUCAUAAGACCUAGCUCUUCACCAUGGGGAGCUCCGGUCUUAUUUGUCAAGAAGAAGGAUGGUAGCAUGCGACUUUGCAUUGAUUAUCGAGGAAUAAACAAUAUCACCAUCAAAGAUAAGUAUCCUCUUCAGGAUAGACGAGUUGUUGGAUCAGCUAAGGGGAGCAAUAAUGCCUUUUGGCUUACUAACGCACCGCCGGCGACCUUCAUGAGAUUGAUGAAUGAAGUCUUCCACGAUUAUCUCGGCAAGUUCGUGAUAAUCUUCAUCGAUGACAUUUUAAUAUAUUCCAAGACAGAGGUCGAGCACAAAGCACACUUGAAGCUAGUGUUGGAACUGUUAAGAAACCAAAAGCUGUAUGCCAAGUUCAGCAAGUGUUCUUUCUGGAAAAGAGAGAUCGGGUUCUUGGGGCACCGUGUGUCUGGAGAAGGAGUUUCCGUAGAUUCAGAAAAGGUGAAAGCCAUCGAGGAAUGGCAAAGACCAUCAACGGUAAUUGAGGUAAGAAGUUUCCUCGGGUUAGCCGGGCAUUAUCGAAAGUUCGUCAAGAAAUUUUCAUCGAUCGCUAAGCCCCUGACAAAGUUGACUGGAAAAGGAGUUUCGUUCAUCUGGGGAAAAGAAACAGAGGAAGCAUUUCAGAGACUGAAGAAAGCUUUGACCACAACACCGGUAUUGGCAUUACCUGAACAAGGUAAACCUUACACUGUGUACGCAGAUGCUUCUAGGGUUGGGUUGGGGUGUGUGUUGAUGCAGGAAGGCAAAGUAAUUGCUUAUGCAUCAAGGCAACUCAGAAAACAUGAAGAGAACUACCCAACACACGAUUUAGAAAUGGCGGCAGUGGUUUUUGCGUUAAGGAUUUGGCGAUCUUACUUACAUGGAGAAGUCGUGGAAGUAUUCAGAGAUCAUAAGAGUCUCAAGUACUUGUUCACACAGCCUGAUUUGAACCUCCGACAAAGGCGAUGGAUGGAGUUUGUGGCGGAUUACGACCUGAAGAUUCAAUAUCAUUCAGACAAAGCUAAUGUAGUCGCAGAUGCAUUAAGUCGUAGAAAGUUGACGUCCGAUGUUGGAAAGGAAGUGGAAGCGUUAUUGAAUGAACUUAAGUUGAUGACUUUAUGGGCAAUUGAAGGAGAGCCAUGUGAGCCAUUAGGCAUGCAUGCAGUAAACCAGGCUGGUUUACUCGCACGGAUCAGACAGGAGCAACAACGUGAUGAAAAGUUAAAGAGAAUUAUUGAGGAAGUCAAGAGUCAAGAAGGUCCAAACCCAAGUGGAUAUCAUAUGGCGCCAGAUGGUACACUCUUACUUAAUGGGAUGAUUUCAGUACCACAAGGAGAAGGGCUACGACAUGAGAUUUUGAAGUCGGCGCAUCAUUCGUCACUCAGUAUCCACCCCGGGAGUACGAAAAUGUAUCGAGAUAUCCGAAGACUGGCGAAGGUGGCGCACUUGUUACCUAUGAAGGAAACCGAUAAGGUAGAAGUAUUGGCAGAGAUGUAUGUGGACCAAAUUAGGAAGGUCGUUCGGGCAUGUUCUUGUUUGAUUGUUGUCCGGCUGACUGACCGAUGUCUAAAAUGGUUCGAGGGUGUUACAUGUACGGUGUCCACUCCACAAGAUGUGGCGCUUGCGGAUGCUAAUAGUGGAAUCUCCAUGUUCGACAAAAUCUUGGGACUUGUGGAGAACAUUAGUUGCUUCGUUUUUUUCCACUGUAACGAAGCUUCUUUCAUAUUUGGGAAAGAAGGGGCAUGGCAGAUGGCUGCAAAGAAGGACUUGAAACUCAUCGGUGAGAUUCCACUGGAAAUGAAGAUUAGAGAAGGGUCUGAUGAAGGUGUUCGUGUGGUUGUUUCUUCUCCUGGUUCUGUAGUAUCAAAAGCUUAUGAAGAUCUAGCUCAAAACGUGGUGAAUAGGCUCAAGGAGCUACGUGAUAAUCCUGAGAAUGAGAUUCAGAUGAAACUUAACGUUUUACACUCAUCAUAG